GUGUUGAUGAUAAUUGGAGCCUAAGAGUUUGGGUACAUAAUGGCACUUCUAUACAAGCAAAUAUCAACGAGGAUAUUGGCUUGGGGUACGACAGUUUGCAGUGCGCCGCCGCGGAGAAAGAGGAGGGCAGACCCGAGGCUCGUCGUAUUGACCGUCACAUUCUCUCUCUCUCUCCCACUCACUCACCAUGAGAGAGAUUGUCCACAUACAGGUCGGCCAGUGCGGCAAUCAGGUCGGGACUAAGUUCUGGGAGGUGAUAAGCAACGAGCACGGCAUCAACCCGGACGGCAUCUACGAGGGCACUCAUGACGUGCAGCUCGAGAGGAUCAAUGUCUACUAUAACGAGGCUAAUGGAGGGAAGUACGUGCCCAGGGCCUUGCUGGUGGACCUGGAGCCCGGCACCAUGGACUCAGUUCGAGCUUCCACUUACGGCAAGCUCUUCAAGCCAUAUAAUUUCUGCUACGGCCAGAGCGGAGCGGGCAACAACUGGGCCAAGGGACACUACACUGAGGGCAGAGAGCUCGUGGAUUCCGUAAUGGACACACUCAGGAAGGAGGCAGAGGACUGCGACCUCCUUCAAGGUUUCCAGUUGAAGCACUCGUUGGGGGGAGGCACUGGGUCGGGCAUGGGCACGCUUCUCCUCUCCAAAAUAUACGAGGAGUACCCGGAGAGGAUCAUAAACACGUUUUCCAUCAUGCCGAGCCCUAAGGUGUCAGAUACAGUAGUGGAACCAUACAACGCCACCCUUUCGAUCAACAUGCUGCUAGAGAACUCCGACGAGACCUACUGCAUUGACAACGAGGCGCUCUACGACAUCUGCUUCAGGACCCUCAAGUUAGCCACCCCAACCUAUGGCGAUCUCAACCACCUGGUGUCCCUAGCAGCGUCGGGCAUCACCACCUGCUUACGAUUUCCAGGACAACUCAACGCCGACCUCCGGAAGCUGGCCGUCAACAUGAUCCCCUUCCCCAGGCUGAGCUUCUUCAUUCCUAGCUUCGCUCCUCUCACUGCUCGAGGUGACCAGCAGUUCAAGGCCCUCACCGUCCCCGAGCUGGUUACGCAGAUGUUUGACCCGAGGAACAUGAUGGCGGCGUGCAACCCGAGCCACGGCCGCUACCUCACCGUGGCCGCCGUGUUCCGGGGCCGCAUGUCCAUGAAGGAGGUGGAAGAACAAAUGCUCAACAUGCAGCAAAAAAACUCUUCGUACUUCGUCGAGUGGAUCCCCAACAACGUGAAGACCGCCGUGUGUGACAUUCCCCCGCGAGGCCUCAAGAUGGCAGGCACUUUCUUCGCCAAUUCUACCGCUGUUCAGGAACUUUUCAAGCGCAUCACCGAGCAGUUCACGGCCAUGUUCCGCCGCAAGGCCUUCCUUCAUUGGUACACGGGCGAGGGCAUGGACGAGAUGGAAUUCACCGAGGCAGAGAGCAACGUGAACGAUCUGGUGAGUGAGUAUCAGCAGUACCAGGAAGCGGGCGUGGACGUAGACGACGAUGACGAUGAUGAAUACUAUCACGAAGAGGCCCACAAUAACCCGGAGGAGGAAGAAGCAGGGGAAGAAGAGGAGGCUGCUGUUGAUGCAGAAGAUGAAGGGGGGGAGGCAGAGGAGGAUGCAGGAGAAGAAGAAGCAGCAGCAGAACCGGAGGAGGAAGCAACAGAAGCAGAAGAAGAAGCACCAGCAGAAGAGGAACCAGAAGCAGAGGCAGAAGAGGAAGCACCAGCAGAAGAAGAGGAAGCAGCAGCAGAAGAAGAGGAAGCACCAGCAGAAGAUGAACCAGAAGCGGAGGCAGAAGAGGAAGCACCAGCAGAAGAAGAGGAAGCAGCAGCAGAAGAUGAACCAGAAGCGGAGGCAGAAGAGGAGGCACCAGCAGCAGAAGAAGAAGAAGCAGCAGCAGAAGAGCCGGAAGCGGAAGCGGAAGAAGAGGCUGAGGGCGAAGCCGCGGCAGAAGAAGCAGAAGGGGAAGCAGAGGCAGAAGGAGAGGCAGAAGAGCCAAAGGUUGAAGAGGACGAUGCUUAAGAAGAAAUUUAUGCAGAGAAGAAGAAAACACAGCAGUGCCUUUGAUCUCGUGGCGCCAAUGAUGAAGUUGAAGAGGUUAGGAUGCAGGUGUCGUAAGAAGAGGAUGUGUGCGUGUGCGUGUGCGUGUGCGUGAGAGAGAGAGA